AAUUUGGGUCCUUUUGACGAGAGGUCCGAGAAAUUUAGUGAUUAUGCCGAUCGAUUUGAGAAUAUGUUGCGGCGAAUGACAUCGACGAUGACAAAAAAAGUGAAUGUUUUUCUGGCUGUUAUUGGUCCAGACGCUUACAAGUUAUUGAAGAAUUUGUGCGGUCCAGAAAAUCCGAAUACAAAGACGUUUACACGGUUGACGCAGCUUUUGCAGAGACACUACGAACCUGCUCCCAUUGUUAUUGCUGAAAGACACAAGUUCUGGACUGCGUCACAA